ACGGGUCUCUUGUUUUGUUGCUAUGGUCGCCUAGAUACACGUCGAUAUCGCUCGGGUAGUUGUUGUUAAAUAGUUGUUGAUCUCUCGGAAGGCGGACAGUACGUGGACAUUAUUAAUUGUACCGAUCAUCAUUUGUUUGACAAAAUAUUAUUAAGUAAUAAUGAGUGGAGAUUGGGUUCCAACACGCCCUCGUCAGCUUAUUGCUGCAAAAUUUAACAGCCCCGGACCAGGAAGGUACCUUCUGCCGGGAUCAACAGGUAUUAAUUUCCAUGACAAGACAAAACAUCAAGCUGCUGCAUUUAGUUUUGGUAUUCGUCAUCAUAAAUUUUAUGAUGAUUGCAGCCCAGGCCCAGCCUACCUUGUCGAUUCUAGAUACAGCCGAAAUGGCAAAAGUGGAGAGCCUCACUACUCUUUGUACGGCCGACCAAGAGACCAAAAAGCAUUCAGUACUCCAGGACCCGGAACUUAUUCACCAGAACAAGCUGGAAAAUCUGCACACUUUUCAGCACCAUGUUAUUCACUAGCCUCACGAACAAAAGGAUCUAAAUUUGACAAAUCGCCUGCUCCAAAUUCGUACAUGCUUCCUUCAAUAUUGGGUGGAAAAUCAGUUGCAAAGCGCUCAUAUCCAGUAUUUUCGAUAACUGGUAGAAGUAAGAUUGGUGGUUUUGAUGAAGAUUUACAAGGAACGCCAGGACCAGGAACGUACCGUGUAUCAGAUCCAAGUAUUUACAAAACCAAAGCCCCUCUCUACUCAAUGACUGCCCGUAACCAAUUGCCAAGUGACUCAACGAGGAAACCUGGACCAGGAGCCCACAGUCCAGAGAAGGUGUCUGUAAAUAAAAAUCGUCGGCCUGCUUAUUCGUUUGGUAUCAGGCAUUCAGACUAUAUUGCUCCAUUAAUUGUUGAUUGUUCAGAUUAAUGGUUUUGGAGUGAAAUUUUGUGUACAUAAACAAGCCCCAAGCACCUCGAUGUUCAUUUGGAAUUCGGCACACAGAGUACAUUACUCCGAUGAUCUGCGAAAAUGUUGAUGCCUAACAUGUUUCUUCUGCCUGUCAACUAUUAAAUCAACUUUUUAUGUAGACAAUUGUUACAAUUUUAUCUGUAUUUAAAUUGUAAAUGUUAUACUUUUAAUAUUUGGUGUAAGCAUUAUGUAACAAUUGGAAUUGUGAGCAAAAAGGAACAAUAUUAGCAUUCAUUGUAAAAUAAUAUAUAUAUUUCAGUGUGUUAAAAAAGUAAAACAGUAUAAAAACCAAGUGAAAAAAAAUGUUUAUAUUUUUCUUCUCUGUCUUUGCUGUGAUGAAUUUUCUCAAUAAAGUUUGUUGGAAGGGGAAGUGGGAGGAAAUAUAUUUUUACACCGGUAUAGUAUUUAACUAAUUCACACUUUAAUUUCAUUAAACAUAUUGCCACCCAAAAAAAUUACACAAAUUAUAUUUAUUAAUGAAUCACACAAAUCAAAUUAACAACUUUCAGUAAGUCACAGAUCAAAAAAUUAAGUUUUGACUGACUGAAAAGGCAUUUUACUAACAAAAUGAAAUUAUGGCAGAAAUUUAAAGGUAUGCUAAAAGUAUAGGAAUCAUAAUGUUUUAAUGUUCCAUUAAUUGGUAGAGUAUUUUUUUAUGUUGAAAGCUAGCAGUAACUGAUUGAAAUGUACUAAUUAAGAAAUUCAAAAAUUGGAUUCAUGUGGCAGUAUAUUGUUUGUUUUUGAUAUAUUAAUUGGUUUUCCUCUCAAAGAAGACAAUGCAAUUUAAUGAUGGUUUAAAAUAAUCAUGGGGCCGUCCAUUUUUACUAUGUAAAUAGUAUCGUGUCUGUUUUGUCAUGUUGUGAAGCUGCUAACCAAAAAAAAAAAAAUACUUAUGUAUUUUGAAAAUGGUAAUGAAAAUGAGGCAUUCUAGAGCAAUAUUUUUUUUCUGAGAUGUUUUUAACCAAAGAUACAGCUUAUACAAUUUUCAGAAAGGUGGGGAUUUAAUAAUAGAUCAAUAGAUUAAAAAUAAAAGGGUAUAGAACUAAGGAUACUGUAAUCAUAAUAAAUUAGAUACAGCAUUACACUAUAAGAUACAUUUUGUUUUUUAGUGUAGGAUGAUAGUUCUGAGAAAAAUGUAUUUGCCACCAUCAGGAUUACACUUCAUAGGAGUAAUAAUAAAUACUGUAUAUAAAUUAACAUCUAUAAGAACAAAAUAAAGUCUUGAAAUUUUUGAGUAUUUUAUAAGAUAAAGGCUUUGUAUAACAUGCUGGACUUGGAAUGAUUAAAAGCUAUAAAAUAUGAA